CCAAGUAUGAGAUCUCAGCAGCCUUACCAUUACUCACGACUCGAAGGAGCAGACGCUAUCAGGCUGGUCGUCAUUCAGCCUUCCACGGACCUUGCCGCGCCAGUUCAAUGUUCGCUCCUCCACGCUUCACUCGUAGAAUGCGAGGAUGACAUCGUUGAUCAUUAUGUUGCCCUCUCAUAUGUUUGGGGUGACCAGAACAAUCGCCGCGCCAUCGAGGUAGACAGGAGGACUCUCAACAUCACAGCCUCGCUCGAUGAAGCACUUCGGCAUCUUCGAGAUCAUCGUAACACUCUGUGAGUAUGGGCAGACGGAGUUUGUAUCAACAAAAAAGAUGUUGAGGAAAGAAAUGAGCAAGACAGGCUGAUGGGAAGAGUCUACGAGCAUGCCGCUCAUACGAUCGUUUUUCUUAGACUAGCGAGCCAAGAAACAGACCUUCUGUUUAAUAUUUCCAAAUCUUUACGGCCACCAGGACAACUGGGGCACAGCAGGGCUUUCCUGGAACAAUUUAGGGGGCUAUCGAUCCGUGAAUACAAAAAUAUCGUCAAAGAUAUUUUCACUAGAACAUGGUUCAGCCGCGUUUGGGUUCUACAAGAACUUGUCCUCUCCUCAAAUCCCUGGGUCCAGUGUGGAAUAUCUCGGACUAAAUGGAAACGCUUAUGCGAGCACUUACUAGAUCCAUUUCCUGCCGGUGUAGCUACUGGCGAACUUGGUAGAUUACUUCGUCCUUUGACAGACAUGGAUGAGGCCCGGAAUCGGUUCAAUGUCAAUCGCGCAACAACUGGUGUACACUCUUAUGACCGGUUUUUUGACUUGAUAAUCUCGAGGAGAGGAAUGGGAGCGUCUGAUCCAAGAGAUAUGAUUUAUGCCCACCUUGGGAUGGCAGACGUCCAUACCCAGAAUACGUUUGGGAUUGACUACGAGCAGUCAUGCUCCCAAGUGCUCGAGGACGUCGCCACCCAGUUCAUACGAUCCUCCAAAGACCUGUCCAUUCUCAAUCACAUCGGAAACAUUGAACUAGUCAAACGGCAACCUAAGCCUCCGACUUGGGUCCCAGACUAGUCAACACCUCUCAUAUCCAAAGGUCUCGAAAAAAAGGUCCAGGCUUUCGUGUCGAGGCAUCUACAGAGUUUGCUUAUGUAUCAUUCGUCAUCCCACAUGUCUUAGGCCUCUUCGGAGAUAACUACUGAGUUAUCGAUUAAUGACCACUUUCCACAGACUACUCCCGCCUAUAGCAAUCCUCUAUCUCUGCAACUUCUUCGACAGAUCCAAUGUAGGCAACGCCAAAAUCCUAGGUCUCGAGGAUGAUCUUCACCUCACCAACCACCACUAUGCCGUCGCCUUGUCCAUCUUCUACGUCUUCUACGUUGUCUCAGACCUCCCGUCAAACCUCUUCCUCAAAACUGCCACCCCUAGGCUCUGGCUCCCCAUCCUAGCUAUCUUAUGGGGGAUCGUCGUGAUGUGCAUCGGCUUCGUCCGGAACUUCGCUGAAUUCGUCGUUGUACGCUCGCUGCUCGGCAUCUUCGAGG